UCAUUUCCCUCUCUCUCAUCUCUCUCUCUCUAAAACACACAGAUAACAACAAAAGAGAGCACAGUGUGGAAAUUUGAAAUGACGUUUGCGUGAAGAAGAAGAGUGAAAUCUUUGUGUUUUCUUGAGAGAUUCGUCAUUCAUAGACAAGCACUGUAAUAAGGAGAGGAUUCACUAUUACAGUGCUGUUCUUGUAAGAAGUUUAAUAUUUUAUUUUAAUUUUAAUUUUUUUUUGGCAAUAACGAUGGGGAAGAGGGAACAGUUCCAGAAAGAAAAAUGCAGAGUGGAAUCCGUACUGGAGCUUCUCAAGAAGCAAGCUCCACUCAGCGUUAAACAGGAGAAGUUUUGCAGCGAUUCUUGUGUGGAGAGGUUUUUGAAAGCUAAAGGAGAUAAUGUGAAGAAAGCAGCUAAGCAGCUGAGGAGUUGUCUUCUUUGGAGAGACACUAUUGGCACUGAUAAUUUGAUAGCUGAUGAGUUCUCUGCUGAGCUGGCGGAGGGAGUUGCUUACGUGGCUGGGCAUGACGAAGAAUCAAGGCCUGUAAUGAUGUUCCGAAUCAAGCAAGACUACCAUAAAUUUCACUCUCAGAAAUUGUUUACUAGGUUGCUGGUAUUCACAAUAGAAGUUGCUGUCCAAACAAUGGGGAAGAAUGUGGAGCAAUUUGUGAUCCUCUUUGAUGCCAGCUUUUUCAGAUCGGCUUCAGCUUUUAUGAACAUGUUUCUGGCUACACUGAAGAUUGUAGCAGAUUACUAUCCAGGCAGACUUCAUAGGGCUUUUGUAAUUGACCCUCCUUCCCUAUUUUCGUAUCUAUGGAAGGGAGUGAAGCCGUUUUUGGAGGUGUCGGCUGCGGUAAUGUUCGUGGCUUCGCUUGACUACGAAGAGCCGCUUGAGUUCAACGGCUUCAAAACGGCGUCGUAUCCACGCGCCGCGUCGCUGCGUUUCGAGCCGCCGCCGGCGGCGCGGGGGAAGCUCGGCGCGUGUUCUUCGUCGAGAUUUUCGUUCACCGUGUCACACCAUUUUGAUUCUCUCAAGCCUUGGUACCUAUCAUUGACUGACACGUCAGCAUCUAAAGUGGGCCCGACUGACCCGGCGAUUGGGCCCACAAUAUCGCCGUACAACGCUCGGUCGUUCUCUUUUGCGUCGCCGGCGGCGCGUCGGCCGGCGACACGUGGCGCCGGCGGCGGAGACGUGCUCCGGAAGGGUUUCUUCCCGUCGACUCCGAUGCCGCAGAGGACGCAGAAAAUUGAUCCGGCGAUGCUCCGCCGGCCGACGACUCCGAAGCCUUCGUUUCUGCAGUCGCCGGCGCUGUUCUUCCGGCGGGAAGGUCACGUGACCCGCGGCGACAGGUCACGUGAGUCGUUUGGACCUUACUUGAAGUUCUACCGACGGCCGUACGAUGAGAUGAUCUAUCGGUCCAAAAUGCGUCCCCCGUUGGGCGGCUUGAUUUCGAUCGUCUCCCCUCAGAUCAUCCGCCGGAGACACGUGUCAGUCUCUCAACGGUUUUGAUCAACGUAAGAAAGCUCGGUUAUGUAGUACAUAUAUAAACCCAUUACCAUUUUACUAUUAUUUUAUUAUUAUUAUUUCUCUUGACCAAAUUGCUGA